AUGCAUAUCAUGUUAUCCGUUGUACUGGUUUUGGCCACAAGCCUGACUGGAGUCUCUGCCCUCCCUGGCCCUCUACGACUUGCCAAUACGUUUUCUCAUAUCACCAACGAGCUCAGCCACAUCAGCCUGGGGAACUGCAGUUUGGCAAACGCAAGCCUCCCGCUAAGCAAUCUCAAGGUCGGACUUCCUGAACCGUCAUUACAUCUGACUCUCAAGUACAUUGCCGUGGGUCGCGGGACUCAAAACUACUCUUGCCCAUCCACGGAUGCAUCCUCCCGAGACAAGACCGCUCCCACGGCAACCGGAGCGGCAGCCACCCUUUUCGAUGCUUCCUGUAUUGCGUCUAGCUCCAUGACUCUGCUUCAUGAGCUUCCUGCAGUUGCUGGGCGCACUCCCCUUGGAUCUCUAGCCUUUAUGGCAGAGAUGGUGAGCAGCACGACAAAUUCCUCCGACCUUAUCAUUGGUGAACAUUACUUCGAUGCCGCUGGUGACCCUUUCUUCAAUUUGAGACUUGGCGGGGGUGAUGACUGGAUGGUUGGCAAGAAGGAUGCAUCGGUCUCAGCUCCUGCAAAGGUGUAUGCUUUCAAGAUUGAGAGCAAAGAUGUUACUUGGCUGCGACUUACGCGCAAGGAAGGAAAGGGUAUCAAAGAGGUGUACCGAGUCAUGACCUUUGAAGGAGGCGCCCCGUCGACCUGUGCUGGCUUAAAUGAUACUGUUAUUGUUGAGUAUGCUGCUGAGUACUGGUUCUACGGAUGA